AGGCCCUGGACGACCGGGAACGGUCAACAGUCUUAAACGCUCCAUCAACAUGAAGUACUUCAACCUGCUGCUCAGCCUCUGCCUGGUGCUCGCACUGUGCUCCUCGUGGGUCGCGGCCUUCUCCAGCCUUGCUCCCCCGGACCCAACCCCCCCGACUGGUUCUCCCGUCGACGAUAGCAGUACUGGCUUCCCCGGACCACCGCCGGCUGAAACCACAUUAGUCGCGCCAGAAGUUACCACCAUCUAUCCUAUUUACGGAUAAAGGUCUUCUUUAAUUAAUGAAUUAAAAAUUCAACUGCAAUUAUAUUUAAAUAUGUGUAA